UUUCUCUCUCUCAGCAUACUCACUCUCUGUCUCUCCUACCUCACGCGCAGACGUUUGGGGAUCUCCACAGCUCUGUGUUUUCUUGCGAAGAGUUUUUUUCAUUUUUAUGUAAAAGAAAAACAAACAAGAAAAGUGUCGUGACGGUUGGGGUGGCAGAGGAGGAGGGCGGGGAAGGGAAGAGAACAAAAAUAAUGUUCCGUUCCUGACUUCAAAAAAAAAAAAAAAAAAAAAAAGCCAUCGAAGGGAUCAGCUCAAUCUAUUCUGAGCACUAAUGAGAUUAGAGUGUCAUCUGAGACAUGGGUCGCCACGGCGUGGUCCCUUUCCCUGAGCUCCUGGGGGAUGGUCCUCUCCGCCAGUUCCCCGGCGCUGGAAAUGGCGUUCUGACGCUGAGCGAGGAAGACGCGGCUGUGGCGGAUGCUAGGGAACGAGAAUAGCGUGGCUACCUUGUGCUGGUCUGUGCCGUGGAUUCGUAGUAGCGGUGGACAAGAUGAAAUACCAGAAGUACAUUACUGUUAUGCAGAUGGCUAUGGGAGUGACUGCCUCCAACAAAGACAAUUGCAUUCCCCCGAAGAGGACGAUGUGGGUGACCCCCAGCUGUGACGCCUCGACUGCUGCAGCCCCUCCGGCGAGCGUGAGCCAGGGGAAGCCGUCCCUGCGUCGGAUCAAGGGCCGGAUUCACAGGAGCAAGAGCCUGGACAGCAUCGACCUGCUCGACUCUAACAGUGCAGCUAUGGAGGAGACGGUAAUAUGGGAACAGCACACAGUGACUCUUCACAGGGCGCCGGGGUUCGGGUUCGGGAUAGCCAUUUCGGGAGGUCGGGAUAACCCUCAUUUUCAGAGCGGCGAGACCUCCAUCGUCAUAUCCGAUGUCCUGAAAGGAGGCCCGGCGGAGGGGCUGCUGCAGGAGAAUGACCGGGUCGUGAUGGUCAACGCCGUCUCUAUGGACAACGUGGAGCACGCGUACGCCGUGCAACAGCUUCGGAAGAGCGGGAAGAACGCAAAAAUAACGAUCCGGAGGAAGCGGAAAGUGCAGAUCCCGGUGGCUCGCCCGGGCGCCCGGGAGACCGUGUCGGAGCACGAGGAGGAGGAGGACGAGGACAGCUACGACGACGACGAGAUGUACGACGAGCGGAGCGCCCGCAGCGGGCCCAGCGCCUACGGCGGGGUCUCGGGGAGGCGGAGCGAGAGGGGCGGAGCCCAGCGGGACCGCAGCGCCUCCAGGGAGAGGAGCCUGUCGCCCCGCUCCGACCGGCGCUCCGUCGUCUCCUCCACCCUGCCCCCGCGCCCCGCCAAGGUCACCCUGGUCAAGUCCCGAAAGAAUGAAGCAGAAUACGGCCUGCGAUUGGCCAGCCACAUAUUCGUCAAGGACAUCUCCCCAGAGAGCCUGGCAGCGAGGGACGGGAACAUUCAGGAAGGGGACGUGGUGCUGAAGAUCAAUGGAACGGUGACGGAGAACUUGUCCUUGAUCGACGCCAAGAAGCUGAUAGAGAGGUCGAAGGGCAAGCUCAAAAUGGUGGUGCAGAGGGACGAGAGGGCGACGCUGCUGAACAUCCCAGACCUGGACGACAGCGUCCCUUCCGCCAACGCGUCGGACCGAGACGACAUUUCAGAAAUUCAUUCACUGGCAUCAGACCAUUCCAAUCGAUCACAUGACAGAAACCGCAGCAGUCGUUCGCGCUCGCCCGACAGGCGGUCGGAACCCUCCGACCUUUCCAGGCAUUCUCCACAGCCAAUCAGCAACGGCAGGACUGCGGGUUCUCUCUUGCACAGAAUCCUCCCGCUCCACAGAAGUCGUGAGGAGGAGAGGAGUUCAAAGCCAGGGUCACUUUCCACUCCCGUAAAACUUGCAGAGGACCCGCUAACCAACAAGCCGGCCGAACAGCCUGGGGCCAAAGAGGAGACCAUGUUACCCCCUCUGCCAGAGCCCAAACCGGUGUACGCCCAGCCCGGGCAACCGGACGUUGACCUGCCCGUCAGCCCCUCCGAUGCACCAGUGCCCAGCGUCGCCAACGACGACAGCAUCCUGAGACCAAGCAUGAAGCUGGUGAAGUUUAAGAAGGGGGAGAGCGUGGGGCUGCGUCUGGCAGGGGGGAACGACGUGGGCAUCUUCGUGGCAGGCGUGCUGGAGGACAGCCCCGCGGCCAAGGAGGGCCUGGAAGAAGGAGAUCAGAUUCUCAGGGUAAACAACGUUGACUUUGCAAACAUAAUUCGAGAGGAGGCCGUGCUGUUCCUCCUUGAUCUGCCGAAAGGAGAGGAGGUCACCAUUCUGGCCCAAAAGAAGAAGGAUGUGUACCGGCGAAUCGUGGAGUCGGACGUGGGCGACUCGUUCUACAUCCGGACCCACUUUGAGUACGAGAAGGAGUCCCCGUACGGCCUGAGCUUCAACAAGGGUGAGGUGUUCCGCGUGGUGGACACCCUCUACAACGGCAAGCUGGGCUCCUGGCUGGCCAUCCGCAUUGGCAAGAACCACCAGGAGGUGGAGAGGGGCAUCAUCCCCAACAAGAACAGGGCGGAGCAGCUGUCCAGCGUGCAGUACACCCUCCCCAAAACGGCGGGGGGCGACCGCGCGGACUUCUGGAGGUUCCGCGGUCUGCGCAGCUCCAAGAGGAACCUGCGGAAGAGCCGGGAGGACCUGUCCGCCCAGCCGGUCCAGACCAAGUUCCCCGCCUACGAGAGGGUGGUGCUAAGAGAGGCGGGGUUCCUGCGGCCGGUGGUGAUCUUUGGGCCCAUUGCGGACGUGGCGCGGGAGAAGCUGGCCAGGGAGGAGCCAGACGUGUUUGAGCUGGCGAAAAGCGAACCCAGAGAUGCUGGGUCCGACCAGCGCAGCUCCGGAAUCAUCCGUCUACACACCAUCAAGCAGAUCAUUGACCGGGAUAAACAUGCUGUGUUGGACAUAACCCCCAACGCGGUCGACAGGCUGAACUAUGCUCAGUGGUACCCCAUCGUGGUGUUCCUGAACCCCGACAGCAAGCAGGGCGUGAAGAACAUGAGGACGCGUCUGUGCCCCGAGUCCAGAAAGAGCGCCCGGAAGCUGUACGACCGCGCCAUCAAACUGAGGAAGAUCAACCACCACCUCUUCACCACCACCAUCAACCUGAACAACAUGAACGACGGGUGGUACGGAGCUCUGAAGGACACCAUCCAGCAGCAGCAGAACCAGCUGGUGUGGGUUUCAGAGGGCAAGGCGGACGGCGCCCCCGACGACGACCUGGAUCUCCACGACGACCGGCUGUCGUACCUGUCGGCGCCGGGCAGCGAGUACUCCAUGUACAGCACGGACAGCCGCCACACCUCCGACUACGAGGACACGGACACGGAGGGCGGAGCCUACACGGACCAGGAGCUGGACGAAACGCUCAACGACGAGGUGGGCCUGCCCACGGAGCCCGCCAUCACCCGCUCGUCCGAGCCCGUCCGCCAGGACCCGCCCGUCAUCCAGGAGCCGCCCGGCUACGCCGGCUACCAGCACGCGCCGCAGCCCGACCCGCUCAACCGGAUAGACCCCGCCGGGUUCAAGGGGUCCGCCUCCCAGCAGAAAGCAGAGGCUGUUCCUGCCAUGCCUUGCCUUCCCCUGCAGCCCGGGGCCGUGACAGCGCCCCCUGCUGUCGACCUCUCUGUACAUGUAGCCGGUAUGAGCCCUGAGGAGCCUCCGUCCGCUCCCCAGAGCGAACCCAGCCCCCAGGCUGGCUCGCUUAGGAGACCCACCCCCGAGCUAGCUCAGCCCCCGACACACGACCCCCACCAAUCCGGACCGCCCAAUUCCGAACCAAAGAUAUACAAGAAGGAUCUUUACAGCAUGGAGGACCCGAUGAGGCAUGGACUGAAGCAGCAGCAGCAGCCACCACCCGCGGCCGGGUCGCCGCUGGCCUACGACCCCCAGCCCCCGUACCAGGAAGAACAGCCAUACAGGGAUUACGAGCGCCCCCCCUACCGCUACGACGGGGGCGGCUACCUGGAACCAAAGUCUCGCAGCUUCGACUCGCACCUGCACUACGAGAACCGCGUGCCUCACUACGGCGACCAGUGGUCCCCCUACGACCAGCAGGCCUCCCCUUCCCGGCCGCCUGUCUACCAGCCGGCCCGCCCGCCCGUGGAGAACCAGCACCCCCCUGGCUAUGGCCCGCGGCAGGCCUACGAGGGCGGGGGCGAGAGGGACUACAGCCCCCCUCAGCCCCGCUACGACGAGCCGCCCCUGGGCUACGACGGCCGGCCUCGCUACGACCCGCCGCCCAAGGGCUACGCCAAGCCGGGGCCAGUGCGGUACGACGAGCCGCCGCCGCCCGUAGUACCGCCCGUGCGGUACUACGACCCUGAACCACACCCCUACACCCCUGCCGCCUCCCAUUCCCCCGAACCCCCCAAGCAAUACUACGGCGACCCUGCACCGCGGUCCCCCUACAACCCAGGACCCCAGAACCGCAGCUACAAACCCGGGCAGUACGAGCCCCUCGCCAACUCCGACGCCCCCUUGCCCCCUCCCAAAGCGGAACCCAUCCCUCCCGUUGCCGAUGAGGUCAUCACUGUGGCACCCAAACCUCUGCCCGCACCCUCGACGGGGGAGCCGGAGGAUGACCCCGCCAUGAAGCCACAGUCGGUGCUGACCAGGGUCAAGAUGUUUGAGAACAAGCGCUCCGUAUCAGUGGACCGGGGCAAGGAGGCAGGGGACUCCGUGAGACCAGUGGACGUGGCCCCCAAGCCUGUCAGUGUCCCUUGCUCUGUCCCUAAAGCAAACUCGCUCAGCCACCUGGACCAGGAGAAGACCACUUACAGGGCUCCAGAACCACAGACCAAACCACCGGAGGACAUUGUGCGCUCCAACCACUACGACCCCGAUGAGGACGAGGAGUACUACAGGAAGCAGCUGUCCUACUUUGACAGACGCAGUUUUGACAGCAAGGCCCCGCCCCAGCCCGCCCCCAUCGCCAAUCGCUUUGCUGAGGUCCCAAAGUCUGCCCAGCCCCAGGCACAGCCCUCAUACAACAACUACAGAUAUCACGGCUCUUACACUCGCUUUGACCACCUGAAAAGGAGUCAAAAGGGGUCAGAGUCGGUGGAGAAGGUGAGUCCUGUGGAGAAGAGAUACGAAUCUGUGCCCCCAGCUACGACCCCUCCCACCCAGUACAGCCAGGCCAGCCCCACUGUCCCGCCCAAACCUACGGCCACUGAAGUGAACGCCCUGCCUGAUCCCCGUGGCUCCCCAAAAUCUAAACCUGACCUGGCCGGACAGAGACCUGCUAACCGCGAAGACAUGGUCCAGGGCAACUACCUGCCGCAGAAGAGCUUCGCGGAGAAGUCACCCGUGAACGGCACGGACCCGCUGCCGGCCAAGCCCCCUCCUGCCACCUCCAGCUACAACCGCUACGUCCCCAAGCCGUACACCAGCUCCGCCCGGCCUUUCGAGCGCAAGUUCGAGAGCCCCAAGUUCAACCACAACCUGCUGCCCAACGACGCGCAGCCCAAGGCCGACUCCGCCCCCGUGCCCAAGGUGGGUGGGGUGACCGCGCCCGGCCCGGUCAAGCCCCAGAGCUCCCCCCAGUCGGCCGAGCUGGACAGCGGCCUGGACACGUUCACGCGGACCGCUGACAACAGGCCCAAAUACCAGCACAACAACAUCAACGCCGUGCCCAAGGCCAUUCCAGUCAGCCCCAGCGCGCUGGAGGAUGACGAGGAGGAUGAAGGGCACACGGUGGUGGCCACGGCCCGGGGCAUCUUCAACUGCAACGGCGGCGUUCUGAGCUCCAUUGAGACGGGCGUCAGCAUCAUCAUCCCUCAAGGCGCCAUCCCCGACGGUGUGGAACAAGAGAUCUACUUCAAGGUCUGCAGGGACAACAGCAUCCUCCCCCCGCUAGACAAAGAGAAAGGAGAGACCCUUCUCAGCCCGCUGGUCAUGUGCGGCCCUCACGGCCUCAAGUUCCAGAAGCCGGUGGAGCUGCGCUUACCUCACUGUGCGUCUAUGACCCCCGACGGUUGGUCUUUUGCUCUAAAAUCCUCCGACUCCUCGUCGGGUGAUCCCAAGAGCUGGCAGAACAAAUCUCUCCCUGGAGACCCCAACUACCUGGUGGGCGCAAACUGCGUAUCGGUGCUUAUCGACCACUUUUGAAGAGGGAAACAGCUGGCCUGUUACUGAGUGUGAACACUGGGGGGGGGGAAAGGUGAACAGAGCGUCCCCCCAGAACAGCCCCCCCACCACCUUCACCACCCUGUGUACUGCGGUUCACGCCACCUGAAGUAUUAACCUUCUGACCUCUGAUGUCAUUUACUUGUGCCCAGGCAAAUUUCCAGAUGAAGGAGGCUUGAAGAAGUUCAUUUUUCCUUUCGUUUUUUCUUCUUUUCUUUUCUUUAGGUCUGUAAAGGCUUGCAAAAAUGAUAAAUAAACUGUAAACCAUUAUUGGAGUGCACACCUUGUGCCACUGACUGAAUACUAUUUGCGCCAAGUUUUCCUCUCUACACGGGAAAAACAAACUGCUUUGUCAGACAUGUUUAACAGAAGUGGAAAUAACUUUUGUGUGUAUUCACACACGCAACACACGCGCACGCACACACACUCGCACACACACUUUUACAUGCGCAGACGCACACAGAUUUGAAACUACCGUAAUUACAAUUAUCGUAGUAAUAAAAAUAGCGUGUACUGUUUCUGUCGUUAUUAGAUUAACAGAUGAGGACUUUUGUCACGCUGAUAUUUUUCAUUUUUCCUUUUUUUUUUUUUCAUUGAUGGACUUGCAAAGGUUUGAGAAUGCUGUGCCAGGACAGAUGCCGUCAUUCUGAUGGCAAGCAUCUCAGAGUCUUAAAAAAAAAAAAAACACACACAAAUGAAGCUUACACUAUCAACAGAUUUCCAGGUGCACGUUGUACCUCUAUACAUGCUCUUUUGAUUUAGAACGGUUUUUAACAGUGUUUUAUCGUAAAUGAGAAUUCUGACUUAUUUUUGUAGCUAUGGAACUCUCCUGCUGUCUCAAGAUCUAUGCAUGUGCCGUCUCAGGUCCACACACCUGCUCUGUCCCACCCAGUCAUCCCCCAACUGACACUCAAAAGCAGUGAUGCCUUAUCUGCAUAUUAUUCACGUUUUUCAGUACUUUGGUUUUUUUUUUUUUUUUUUUAGUUUCUUUUUUUAAGUUAUAUGUUAUGAAAAGAAAGAAGACGUGUGUUUUGCUAUUUUUGCAGCCCACUGUAUAAAAUAAACUUGGGGUUUGUUUAGCACAGAAGAACAAUGGAGGCUGAGGAAAAAAGAUAUCCUUUCUUUUUUCUGAUAUGCAUAUGAAGUCAAAAGAGAAACAAGGUUUAAGAAGAAAAUGUCGGAAAUUGUGGCUGUAUAUAAUGCUAGCAUAUGGCCUUGGUUCUUGGUUUGUAAAUUCACUUUUGUAUGUCUUUGUUAUUUUGUACAAAACUAAACAGAAAAAAUGGUUUCUAAAAAGGAUGACGUGAAAUUAAUAUGGUUAUCUUUGUAUUCUGAUUAUACCCUUGAGCCUUGGAACUUGUAAGUUAGCAGUAAUAAAUCAAACUUUUCUACCGAUGUACACACACUACAUUUAAACAUUUUUAUCAAUCACAAGAUGUUUUUAUGAUUAUUUACAAAAGUGCUUGUUUAAUUUAAAAAUCUGUACUUUGAAAGGGUCAACUUCAUUUAUUUGUGAUACUGAAAGCUGUAUUGUGUGCCCUGAAAUGUAUUUUUGUACUAAUAGACAAUUUAUUAUGGCGCACCAGUACUGUUUUCAUUAGAAAAGAUAACACAAGCUUCAAUGAGACAUUAGCAUUUCUUUGUGUGGCUGACAUUUUUUUUCUUUGCAACAUAUUUCUAAGUAUACCACUGUAUUAAUAAAAUAAUUUUUAAAAUAAA